AGAAAAACACGUGCUCAGGUUGACGACACUGAAGGAAAAAGAAGAAGAAGUCGAAGAAAAAGAAGAAGAAAAAGAAGAAGAAGAAGAAGAAGAAAAAAAAACGCGGGUGAAUAUAAGACCUUGUACACUCGUGUGUGUUAGUUCAACUUGUUUCGGAGCUACAAGCAAUAUGACUGCAACUUCGAUGGAGUACACUAUUGGAGGAGUUAGGAUCCAGUUCCCCUGCAAAGCGUAUCCAUCCCAGCUGGCCAUGAUGAAUUCAAUCCUACGCGGGUUGAACUAUGGUCAACAUUGUCUGCUGGAAAGUCCUACUGGAAGUGGCAAGAGUUUAGCCUUGUUGUGUUCAGCACUGGGAUGGCAGCAGGCACAGAUUGAUAAAAUCAAAAGAGAAGGGAGUUCUGGAGAUGAAAGCCACUCUUGUAAAAUCUCUCGAGAUGUUACAAUGUCAAAUCUGGCCAUUCCAUGCCAGUGUCUGUGCCAUAGCAAAGUCAGAUGGGCCUCAAAUGCCACAUUGACCAAAGCGAGUGUUGACCUGACAGUGUCACCCACUAAAGAGAUGCCAGAACAGCUGCAUAAUGGAUUUCAGACGACCAAGUCAGUUCCCGGAAAAAGGUUACUCUCUGAACUGGGUGAUACAGUCCAACCUUCCAGCACCACUGACGAUGACAAAGCAGAUUUCCUGCCUGAGAGGAAACUCAUUCGCACUGCUGAACCCAAGUUCCCUGUAUCAUGCAUCCAUUGCCAAUGUGCAUCAACCAAGGACUCUGUGAAGGAUAAAGAUGCCAAAAAGAAAAUCCCCAAGAUUUACUUUGGCACACGCACACACAAACAAAUUACUCAAAUUGUUCACGAGAUGAAGCGUACUGCAUAUUCCUCUGCUCCAAUGACCAUAUUAUCCAGCAGAGAUCAUACCUGUCUCAACGCAGAUGUGGCACCUCACUCCAACCGGAAUGAACUCUGCAAGGAUCUACUCACAGCCAAAGAUGGAAGAUCAUGCCGUUACUUCCAUGCAGUACAAAAAAUGGCCAACCACAACACUCUGCGUUUGACCCAUGGAAUGCGCCAAGCCUGGGACAUUGAGGACCUGGUCUCAUUGGGCAAACGGCUUCGGUCAUGUUCAUACUAUGCUGCUCGUGAACUCAUGCAAGACUCUUACAUCAUUUUUUGUCCAUAUAACUACCUAUUAGAUCCAGUGAUCAGAGAGAGUAUGGAGAUUGAUCUUGCAGGCCACAUCUUGAUGCUGGAUGAAGCCCAUAAUAUUGAAGACUGUGCUAGGGAAAGUGCCAGCUUCAUUUUAGACCACAAGAGUUUGCUGAUGUGCAGGGACGAGUUGGACGACAUGGUCAACAACAACAUACGUCGGUUAAAACAUGAGCCUCUGAGGGAUUUUUGCUAUUGUCUAGCCAACUGGAUCCAGGAAAGCCAAAGUCUGUUGUCUGAUCGGGGAUAUGAAAAAGCCUGUAAAAUUUGGAGUGGAAAGGAAAUCCUGAGGAUUUUUUACACACUGGGUAUCACUUCUGACAGCUUUCAGAUGCUGAAGCAGAAUAUUGCUGGAGUGCUAGAAAAGGAGGAGAUUGUGGGAUUACAAAAUGGGAAAGAAGAAAUUAUGGCGGUCCCAACCAUCAGUUCAUCAACAUCCAGUAUCCUGAAAGGCCUCUUCAUGAUUCUAGACUUCCUCUACAGAGACAACUGCAGGUAUUCUGGAGAUUACAGAGUUGCACUUCAGAAGACAUAUUCUUGGAUGAGCAAAUUCCCUGAUAGCAUGAAGGCUACACAGGGCUUCAAGGCUAAACCAGGGCACAUACAACACCAAAGGACCAGCGUAAGGACUGGAUCUCUGACAUUGAGUUUCUGGUGUCUCAAUCCUGCUGUGGCCUUUUCUGACUUAAGUGGGACAGUGCACAGCAUUGUUCUUACAUCCGGGACAUUGUCACCGAUGGCGUCCUUCUCCUCAGAACUCGGGGUGAAAUUUUCUCUUCAACUGGAGGCCAGUCAUGUCAUCAACAAAUCUCAGGUUUGGGUUGGUACUCUUGGUGUCGGACCGCAAGGCACGAAGCUCUGUGGCACCUUUCAGUAUGCUGAAACAUAUGCCUUCCAGGAUGACGUUGGUGCCCUCCUCCUACAUGUCUGCCAAGUUGUACCAAAGGGUGUUCUCUGCUUCUUGCCUUCCUACAAGAUGCUGGAUAAGCUGCGGGAUCGAUGGAACAUCACUGGUAUUUGGAAUAAACUUGAAAAACAAAAGAAAGUAAUAACAGAGCCUCGUAAUGGCGGCAAGGGUGAUUUUGAUGAACUACUUCAGGCGUACUACAAUGCAAUAAAAACCUGUGAGAAAAGAGAUGGUGCACUGCUGAUGGCCGUGUGUCGGGGAAAGGUGAGCGAAGGACUAGAUUUCUCAGAUGACAAUGCAAGAGCAGUGAUCACUAUUGGAAUCCCCUUUCCAAAUAUUAAAGACCUCCAGGUUGAACUGAAGAUGAAGUAUAAUGAUCAGCACUCAAAGAGUAGAGGUCUUCUCCCUGGCCAUCGCUGGUAUGAGAUUCAGGCUUACCGAGCACUCAACCAAGCUCUAGGAAGGUGUAUUCGUCACCGAACUGACUGGGGUGCCCUAAUUCUAGUGGAUGACCGUUAUAGGAGUAAUCCAAACAAGUACAUCAAAGAUCUGUCCAAAUGGGUUCGCCAAGUCGUCCAGCAUCAUGACACCUUCAUGACUGCCAUGCAGUCCCUUGGAACAUUCUCUCAGACUCAAAAGAAGUGUCACCUUCUGGCAAACAGCCAGAACUCAACUGUCUCAUUUUCAAGCAGCGUAUUUGUAACUAACUCUUUGCAGGAUUUACCCAACCCAGUUGAUUUUCAUCUUUCAUUCCAUACACCAGUGAAAGCUGAACAUCAUGAAUUACAAGAAUGCCAGAGGAUGACUUAUCUUAAACAUUCAGAGCCAUCUUUCCAUCCACCACCCAACAGUCUCAACCACAUUUUGACCUCAGACAAGCAACAAAAUAAGAACCAGAAUUCUGUCCUUGAAUCAUCACCUGCAAUUGGAUUCAGUGAUUUCAAAAGGCAGGAAUAUCAUCCACAUUUGGAGCCUUUGACGAGACAAACUACCCAUUCAAACACAGAUUGUGAAUUGGCUCCAACCGACAAUCGAAAUGAAAAAGAAGAGGACAAGACUGUCUUUUUCAGCAGUGACAUUUUUACUAAACCCUGUAGUUGUGAAGGAACUGAGAAAACGUCACCAUCCCUGAUCAUAUUUGGAACUGAGAGUCAAGCCCGACACCCACAGAAUUGUUUUGGAUCUGAGCUCGCCCCACAUGCUCACUUUGAUGAAAAGAGUUUGAUUUCAUUCAGCACAGAGAAUAUACAGUUAUCAGGGAGAGUAGAGACGAAGGUUGGAGCAGAGCAGGUGAGAAACAAGAUCAGGCUCUCAAGAUCCAGACAGAGAGCUCACCUAUCUCCAUCAGAUAACUAAUAGCCAUGGUUCAACAGAUAAAUGCUAAUGCAGCUCAAAAUUUACAUUUCCCCUUAUUCUUUAAAAAAAAAUUCAAACCACAAUAAAGUAACAUUUUAACAUAUGUUGUAACUUUGUUAGUUUCUUGUCCGUCAUUGGCCCAUCUAGUCGCAUUUUAAUAUAAAAUUUUUGGACCACAAUUGCUGUCAGCAGUCUCAGUAAGACAUAAUUUACAACUAGUACAACUUGUAUUUUCAAAUGUUUAAUGAUAAUGUAUUUAGCUGUUGCGUAUCUGCGUUUUGUAUGUGCUGACUGUGUUUAUUUGAUUGCUUUUAUUUGACUUUAACAUAGAUUAGGUAGUAUGUGAAUUGUGUAUCUUAUGUGCUGAAUUUAUUUGAUUGUUUGUUUUGAUUAUCUGCAGCCCAAAGGGGGGAACAUUUCCUGUGUGACGUGUAGGCCAGUCCCAAGCCCAGAUAAAUCCAGAGGGUUGCGGCAGGAAGGGAAUCCGGCGUAAAACUGUGCCAAACAUAUGUGAGCAUUCAUCAAACAAAUUCCAUUACGGAUAGGUUGUGGUCCGGGCUAACUAUGCCCGCCCCCGGUACUGUUAAUCUACAAGGCAUAGGUAGAAAUUCAGAUAAUGUAGGUCGAAGACAAAAAAGAGGAGUAAAGCGGCUUAGUCAGCAGAAGAAGAGGCAUGCAGAAACCCUACAACUGUGCGUAGGGACUUUGAUUGUUGGAACUAUGACAGAAAAAGCUCAGGAGUUAGUUGACAUGAUGAUUAGGAGAAAAAUUGAUAUAUUGUGCAUCCAAGAAAUCAAGUGGAAAGGGAGUAAGGCUAGAAGCUUAGGAGCAGGGUUUAAAUUAUUUACCAUGGAGUAGAUGGGAAGAGAAAUGGAGUAGGAGUUAUUUUAAAGGAAGAGCUGUCUAAGAAUGGCUUGGAGUUGUAAAGCAUAUCAGAUCGAGUGAUGAGGCUGAAAUUUGAAAUUGAGGGCAUUGUGUAUAAUGUGAUUAGCGGCUAUGCCCCACAGGUAGGAUGUGACCUCGAGUUGAAAGAGAAAUUCUGGAAGGAACUAGACGAAGAGUCCUGAGCAUCCCAGAUAGAGAGAGCGAGAGAGUUGUGGUUGGUGCAGAUUUCAAUGGACAUGUUGGCGAAGUAAACGGGCGAUGAAGAAGUGGUGGGUAAGUAUGGCAUUCAGCAAAGGAAGUUUUGAGGGUCAGAUGGUGGUUGACUUCGCAAAAAGGAUGGAAUUGCCAGUGGUGACACUUGUUUCCAGAAGAGACAGGAAGAUGGCGUGACCUACAAGAGCGGAGGUAGAAGCACGCAGGUGGAUUAUAUUUUGUGCAGAUAAUGUAAUUUGAAGGUGGUUAAUGACUAUAUGGUAGUGGUGGAGGAGAGUGUAGCUCGCUAGCAGAGGAUGGUGGUGUGUAGGAUGAGUCUGGUAGUGGGUAGGAAGAUUAAGAAGGCAAAGGUAGAACAAAGAAUCAGGUGGUGGAAGUUUAGAAAGGAAGAAUGUUGUGUGGCUUUUCGGAAAUAGGUGAAACAGACCCUAGACGAACAAGAAGAUCUCCCAGAAUACUGGAAUACUACAGCCAAGGUUUUCUGAGGGGCAGGCAGAAGAGUACUUGGGGUGUCUUCUGGUACGAAAGGGGAGAAGGAAAUUUGGUGGUGGAACACCAAAAUACAGGAAGUCAUACAAGGAAAGAGAUUAGCCAAGAAGAAGUGGGACACUGAGAGGACUGAGGAGAGCCGAAAGGAAUACAUUGAGAUGUGUCAUAGGGCAAAAGUAGAGGUGGCGAAGGCUAAACAUGAGGCAUAUGACAACAUGUACACCAGAUUGGAUACGAAAGAAGGAGAAAAGGAUCUCUACAGGUUGGCCAGACAGAGGGAUAGAGAUGGGAAGGAUGUGGAGCUAGUGAAAGUUAUUCAGGAUAGCAGUGGAAAUAUGUUGAGUGACGCGAGCAGUGUGCAAAGUAGAUGGAAAGAGUACUUUGAGAAUUUAACGAAUGAAGAAAAUUGGAGAGAAGAAAGAGUAGAAGAGGCAAGUGUGAAUGGCCAGAAAGUGGCAAUGAUUAAUAAGGGGGAAGUUAGAAAGGCACUGAACAGGAUAAAAAAUAGAAAGACAGUUGGUCCUGAUGACAUACCAGUGGAGGUAUGGAAGCAAUUUGGAGAGGUGGCUGUGGAGUUUUUGAUCAACUUAUUCAAUAGAAUACUAGCGCGAGAGAAGAUGCCAGAAAAAUGGAGGAAAAGCGUACUAGUUCCCAUUUUUAAGAACAAAGUUGAUGUUCAGAACUGUGGAAACUACAGAGGAAUAAAUAUGAUGACCCACACAAUGAAGUUAUGGCAAAGAGUAGUGGUGGCUAGACUCAGGUCAGAAGUAAGUAUAUGCGACCUACAGUAUGAUUUCAUGCCGAGCAGGACUUCCACAGAUGCAUUAUUGGCCUUGAGGAUGCUCGUGGAAAGGUACAUUGUGUCUUUGUAGACCUAGAGAAAGCCUAUGUCAGAGUACCAAGAGAGGGACUGCAUGCACUAGUUCGGUGUGGCGGAGAAAUACAUUACAAUAGCACAGGAGGUGUAUGAAGACACCAGAACAGCGGUGAGAUGUGUCGUAGGUGUGUCAGAAGAAUUUAAGGUCAAGGUUGUACUGCAUCAGGGAUCCGCCCUGAGUCCCUUCCUGUUGCGGUAGUCAUGGUUAGGCUGACAGAUGAGGUUAGACUGGAUUCCAUUGAACCAUGAUGUUCGUAGAUGAUAUUGUGAUCUGCAGUGAAAGCAGGGAGCAGGUGAAGGAACAAUUAGAAAGAUGAUAGCAUGCAAUGGAAAGGAGAGGAAUGAAAAUUAGCCGAAGUAAAACAGAAUAUAUGUCCAUGAAUGUGAGUGGCGGAGAAAGAGUGAAGUUCCAGGGAGAAGAGAUAGCGAAGGUGGACGACUUCAAAUACUUGUGGUCAACAAUACAGAGCAAUGGAGAGCGUGGUAAGGAAGGGAAGAAACAGGUCCAGGUGGAACAGUUGGCGGAAAGUGUCUGGUGUUCUUUGUUACAGAAGAGUCUCCGCUUGGAUGAAGGGCAAAGUUUAUAAAAAAGUGAUCGUCAUGAUGUAUGAAUUAGAGAUGGUGGCACUGAUGCAAAAAAAAAAAAAAAACAACGGGAAGUAGAACUGGAGGUAGCAGAAAUGAAGAUGCUGAGGUUCUCGCUUGGAGUGACAGGUUGAAUAGGAUUAGAAAUGAGCUCAUGAGAGGGACAGCCAAAGUUGGAUGUUUUGGAGACAAGGUUAGAGAGAGCAGACUUUGCUGAGGAUGGAGCUGCCAGGCAAAAGAGCAAGAGGAAGACAAAAGAAAAGGUUGAUGGAUGUUGUGAGGGAGGACAUGAGGACAGUGGGUGUUAAGAGAGGAAGAGGCACGUGAUAGGCUUAGAUGGAAAAAGAUGACACACUGUGGCGACUCCUAACGGGACAAGCCGAAACAAAAAGAUUCAAUGUUACAAAAGUUAAAAUUUGAGUUCCAAAGGCAUAACAUCAAUAACUCGAAAAUAAUCUUAAAUCAGGUUAAAAUGAGAAAUAUCUAAUUGAUGAGGUCAGACAAUCCUAAAACCCAAAUAGAACGGAAAAUAGGGUUGGGAUUCAGGAGAGAAAGAUUAAAUGGCUAAUGUCCUAGGCUAGGCUAAUUUCUCCUCUUGUUAGUUAGCACCAUUCUCAGAUAUGACCCGCUGCCGGGACAAUUUUUUGUUUUGUCUUGUGAGUAAGGUUUUGACGUAAGAAUGACUGCUGGAAGAUAGCGAUAGUAGUUAGAUGCAAUUGUUAAGAUUCUGAAAAGCACAGGUUUAGCUCAGCUUUUCGAGCUUCACUCGGUCUUUCCAUGUGUGCAGCUCGGCUUGGUGGCAUAUCUGUGCAGCUGUGCUCGCAUUUUGUUUUUUCACUUGUAGUACAAGUGAGGGGUGAGAAUUUUCCGCGGAUUCGCAGAAUUCCGAGUUUUUUCAGCUGAAGCUGUCCUUCUUGUGAAACAUGUAAAUCCGUUGAGAUAAUUUGGUGGGGGGGAGUACGGCUUGACGCGGGGCAAGGCUGCAAUCAAAACCAGUCACCAGCAUCUAUCGGCAACGCUUGUCGUGAAAUUUGUCACAGCUGUGAGAGCAGAAGACAUCUGAUGAGGCUGAAGGCAGGAAGGAUGUCUCAAGUGCCGAUAUUAAAGCCAUGUGCGCUAAAUGGAACGACAUCCAUAAUUUUGUAGAACUACACUUGAAUAAAGCUGAAGGUUACAAAGCACUGCAAAGUUUUAAUGAUAUUGUUAUGAGCCACUUCAGAAAAGUGCUUAAAAGACGGCAGAAACAAACAGAUUCGUUCUUUGUGAAAAAGGGGUGAGUCACCCCUACGAAGACACCUGAAACUGUUUUGCAUUGCUUUUUUUCUUUUGUUCCAUUCACCCUACCUCUAGUUGCAAGUAAUUGUUUUUUACGUUAUGUACUUUCUGUGCAAAUAAAAAACAUUUUUUUUCCCC